AGGCAAUUCAGCUCCAGAGUGCCGAAAAAAUAGUAUACAGCGAAACUCGCGGAACAGUUUCGAAUAGACCAGCAAUCAAAUAAAGCCCGCCGAAAAUGGUGCUGCUGCAAUUGGCAGCGUCAGUGAAGACGCUGUUUCGCUUCGCCGAAAUAGGGAAAGUGACCAUCGACUCCCCAGUGGCCCGUUUGCACCACAACUUCACCGUCGGUCUCCUCCUGCUCUGCUCUCUGCUCGUCACCACAUCCGACCUCAUCGGCAAGUCCAUCGAAUGCAUCCCGGGAACCAAACUAGUGGGUCAAGGCGUCAAAGCCGCCACUCAAUACUGCUACAUGCAACACACAUUCACUGUCAAGAAACACUUUGCAUCCUGCGACUUCGGGUCCGUGUGCGACCGAAAGGUCAUCGGACUCGACGUGCCUCAUCACGGAGUCGGGCCGGUUGUGCUUGACUCUCGAGACCCCGACGAAGUGGCCUACACUACCUACUACAUUUGGGUUCCGUUCGUCUUGUUCUUCCAAGCCGGCUUGUUUUACGCCCCGCACUGGCUGUGGAAAAUGUGGGAGAACGGCGUGACGAAGACGCUGACGAGUGGGCUGAUGGGCAAAACGGCGACCCGGGAUGCCCUGGCCGAGAAAACGGCGCCGGUGGCGUCUUACAUGGCCAGGAGUUGGCACACGCACGAGAUGUACGCGUAUAGGUACUUGCUGUGCGAGGUUUUGGCGCUGGUGAAUGUUUUGGGCAACUUGUGGUUCGUCAACUGGUUCCUGGGCGGCGCAUUUAUGGAGUAUGGGUCCCAAGUUCUUCAGUUCAGCAAUAUGGACCCGGAAGAGAGAACUGAUCCCAUGAUCAUGUUGUUUCCGAGGAUCACAAAGUGCACCUUCUUGAGUGUUGGUCCUUCCGGCACUUUCCAAAAGUCGGAUUUCUUGUGCAUCCUGGCGGCCAACAUCAUCAACGAAAAGGUGUACAUUUUCCUGUGGUUCUGGUUCCUCUUGCUGGCCAUCGUGACGCUUGUGAAUAUCUGCUUCCGACUCUCACCUGCCUUGUCGUACGCGGCCAAGCUCUGGUUCCUCCAGCAACGCGCUGGACACACGUCCGACCUGAACGCGUUGCAGCGAGUCGCCAGUCGGUCCAAACUCGGCGAUUUCUACAUCAUGUACUUCCUCAGUCAGAACAUGAGCUGUGGCACCUUUGGCAACUUUGUGGACUCCUUGGACGUGGCCCUGGAAGAAGAGAAGCGAAUGCCCUUGUUCCCGAAUCACCCGGAUGAGGAUGACGACGCCGUCGAAGGCGGCAAUCAUCAUGAUGCGCCUACGAUGCCCAAGGGCUACGUUAAAACUGCUCUGACUGAACUAGGACUCGUCGAUAAGCCUGAACAAGUUUAACGGAUGAACGUGUUUUUUUGUGUUCUUAAUUCGAUUCA